AUGAGGCUCUUCCCUCAGGUCCUUGCUGCAGGAUUGCAAGAGCUCCCGUUGGCGAGCCUUCGAACCUUGACAGAUACGAUCAACGACUGCCAGGGGGGCUUUAUUUCACAACGCUUGGACACGGCGCUCCAGCAGUUGGCUCCAGCGUUGGUUCCCUGCCUCAUGCGCAAAUUGGCACCACAGCUGAGUAGAGAACGGCUGGAUGUGAUGCUGAAGGUGUUGCAAAGGACCUUGCAGGCUGAACCCACCAUGGGCGCGGUCUUGAAAAACUGGAACAAUAUGAGCCCAGUGCAGGCUGCUGUACAGCAGCAUGGGAGCCUCUACACGACGCAGCUCUGGGAGCAAUUGCAAACGAUUGCAGACCAAGGAGCCAAUGCGCCUUUGCGCAGCGUGGUUCAUGCUCGAGCGCGAGAGCAAGCUCGAACUGCAAAUGCGCUGGACUUGCCGGACCCGUUCGAGGUCAACAUAUUGCCGACCUUUGAGGAGCUCCUCCGAACGGAUGCGAGGCUGCCGACCAACCGCGAUGGCAGCUGGGAUGCUGACUCUGAAGAGCAGCUCUACAGGCAGACGCAUUUUCUGCUGUACAAGGAAGAGCUGUUGGCGCCGUUGCGUGAAGCUGUGGCCUCUUUCCUCUCUCAGAAAGCAGGCCACGGCCUCACCGAAAGACUGACAAAUCUUCUGUCCCGAUUUGUGUCAUCCACAAAAUCGGCGAAGCCCGUCAACUCAACGUUCUAUCCGAACACCCGAGCUGUUGACUUUGCGGUGUCCAGCAACAAGAAGCCGAUGCUACAGCUGCAGUUCGAAACCGGCGGCAGGAGGAUUGAUUUCACAUUGGGCAGCCACCUUAUCCAUGGCAGUUUGGUGAUCCUUUUCGAGACCAACUCACAGCAAGCACCAAUACCGGACUCCGCGAUGUAUGCCGUGGUUGAGGAGUUCGACCUUCGUCAGGCGACGCACCGGAAUGUGGUUGGAGUAUCCUUCCUGGACCCUGAUGAUCUCGGUCGGUUCAGCAUCAGCAAGAAGUAUGUCAUGGUCGAAAGCCCGGCUUACUUCCAUGCGAUUCGUCCCGUGCUGGAGUGGCUGCAGAACCCAGAUCGUUUGCACAACAUGCAGCUGAAGCACGACUUGUUGUCAGGCGUCCGACGAGAGCGGGUCGAAUUCUUGCGCGGCGUCCAGGUUGACAUCUCCUGUCUCUACAAAAGAGAGCUGACGCCGAAGGAGAGCUGGAAAAGCCGAGAUCCGCUGCAGCCCUGGCCGGAUCCGCAGGACAUCGAGCUUGACCCUUCGCAGCAGCAGGCGAUGAAGCAUAUCCUUCGCAGCAGUGUGCCACUAGUACAAGGACCACCUGGCACCGGCAAGUCCUACAUAGGAGUGAAAGCAGUGCAGAUCCUGCGCCAGGCACUGGACAAGAAGGGCUACAAGGAGCCCAUCGUGCUGGUUUGCUUGACCAACCACGCCUUGGAUCAGUUCUUGGAAGAUCUGCUGGACCUCUUCCCCGGAAGGCUCAUCCGCUUCGGAGGUCGCACGAAAUCGGAAGACGCCCGUUUGCUGGGGUGCAUGGUCCACCAUCACAUGCGCGGCUCCAAGGACGACUUUAUUGACAGGAAGACACAGGAGGAGAAGUUGGAGGGAAAGGUUCAAAGCCUGCAGAGCGUGCUGCGGUCUGUCGCCACUCUGAAGGGACAGGUGCGGUUGUUGAUCACUGGCCUUACCAUCGAUGGCCUGGUCCAGCUGUUGGAAGCUAUCGGAACCGAGGAGCUGGAGUACGGAAUGUUCUAUCAACCUGACUCUGCUCGGCGGACUUCACCGGCCCGAAAUUUUGUUUUGUGGGCGCUGCACAGCUGGGCCGAGGGUUGGUCCCUGCAAGACACCCAGGCCGAGGUGCAGGUACCCAAAUACAGGACCUCUGAGCAAGAAGUGGAGAUCCACAAUCGCUUUGCGGUGCUGGGGGAGGACCUGCAAACCGCAGACUGGGCGCGCCCGCUGGACGACGUCGACAGAUUGAUUGGCCGUUCUCCAGCGAUGGUCACAUCCGGCUCUUGGUGGGGGCAGUCCGACUCCGAAGACGAGGAGGACGACGACUUGGAUGACGAGGAAGUUGAAGCUGUCUUGGACGACCGCAUCGAGCAAGGAACGAGCCGGCGGCAGAGGGCUCACAGGGCACAGGCCGUAACGAUGAGCACCGAUGCCGAGGCUGCGCUGGCAGCUUGGGGCUCUGCGUAUCAUCAGGCAGAGGCCUUCGAAAGGAGGGUGCAGGAGUGCCAGCGUGGACUGGAACAGGUGGAGGAGGACGUAGAGGAGGAGGCAGAGGAGGGCCAGUGGACAGAGGCCGAGACGAACAGGGAAAAGAAGCGAAGAAGCAAUCCAUUUGAACGGCAGCUCAAGCAGCUCAAGGCAGAGUCGCCUCAGAUCCGAUCGCGGUGGCAACGGGCAAAGCAGGAUGCACGACGAGCUCAGAUUCGUAGUGUGCACAAGGACAUCCGAGCUGGCUUGGAAACAUUGCUUGGCAAAGCCUGUGUACGGGACCUCAAGCAGGAGAUUCCGGAAAGAACGACCUGGAACCAAUCUGCGAAGCGGCGAUCCGAGACAUUGAAGGCCCUUGUCGGGGUGGCAGCGGAAGCAGCAAGCUCUGUGUUUCAGGAAGGCUUCCAAGAGGCCCAGGAAAUCGGCACCCACCUCGCACAGCUCAAGAAGCGUGCGCAGCUCCAGGCAUGCAAGGAGGCUGCUGUCGUGGGGAUGACUUCCACCUUCGCAGCGCUAAAUGCAGAUUUGUUGAGGCGCAUGGGCUCGCGUGUCGUUGUUGUGGAGGAGGCCGGCGAGCUACUGGAGUGCCAGUUGAUGGCUUGUCUCUCCUCCGAGAACUUGCAGCAGGUGGUGCUCAUUGGCGAUCAUCAGCAACUGCGUCCCAAAGUCAACACCUUCGAUCUUUGUCGGAAGCACAAGUUUGAUCUUUCGCUCUUCGAGCGCUUGGUCGUCUCCGGCUGCGACCGGGCCAAGCUGGUAACGCAGCUGAGGAUGCAUCCCGACGUCUCUGAUCUCGUUCGGCCAUUCUACGACAGGAUUGAGGAUCAUGCGCGGGUGAUGAACUACCCCAUGAUCCCGGGAGUUGCAGACAGGCUGUACUGGCUCAGCCAUUCUCACCAAGAGGACAGCUGGGGCCAGACGCAGAUGCUCAGCAAAGUCAACAGCCACGAGGCAAAGCUGGCAGUUCGCCUUGCGCAGCAUUUGGUGUACAACGGAAUCGACAAGGGUCGCAUCACGCUUUUGACCCCGUACCUCGGACAGAAGCGAGAGAUCAAGAAGCUGCUGCCCCGUGAACUCAUGAGUUCGUAUGUCAGUGCCGGUGGCGAUGUGCAAGAGGAGCAGCCCAAAGGCAAGGGCAAGAAGGGCAAAGACAAGGGCAAGGACAAGGGGAAGGGAAAGGGCAAGGGAAAGGGCAAGGAAGGCAAAGGCAAAGCUGAUGGAAGCUCUCGGAUGAUUCCGGGCGUGCGGAUCGUCACCAUUGACGACUACCAGGGUGAAGAGAACGACAUCAUCAUCCUAUCCUUGGUCCGAAGCAACCCCAAAAACAUCCUCGGCUUCUGUUCCAUCGAGAAUCGCCUGAUCGUUGCUCUGUCCCGAGCCCGGCAUGGCAUGUAUGUCUUGGGCGACUGGUCCAACUUCGAGAAGGACGACAAGUGGUUCCAAGUCAUCAGCAAGCUGGAGGACAGACACCGCAUUGGCAGCUCGCUCAACCUCCGUUGUGCCAAACACCCCAGCGAUGAUGGUAUGGUGCAGACAGCAGAAGAUUUUGAUCGCAAAGCACUCCAUGGUGGAUGCCAACGAGAUUGCGACACAUUGCUGCCCAGAUGCGGGCAUCGCUGCCACCUAAAAUGCCACCCCUUCGAUCCCGAGCACAAGGAUGUCGUGUGCAACAACUUUUGCAGCAGGCCGCGCCCUCCGGGCUGCACCCACGAAUGCAAGAGGCUUUGCAAGAACUGUCCCGGCGAGCGCCCGGAAGAUCUGUGCCCAAGCAAGUGCCAAGAGUGGGUCGAAGCCAAGCUGCCGUGUGGACAUAGUCAGUGGGAACACUGCCAUCAGGUUCAAACGCCAGAGCUACGGGCGGAGGUCUUCUGCAGGACUGAAGUGGAAGUCACACUGCCCUGUGGCCAUCCACUGAAAACGACGUGUGCUUCGUCUCAGGAGCCCGCGAACCUGACUUGCACAUACCAGAGGCGCGUGCAGGCUGCUUGUGGGCACAUGGUGACCCAGAAAUGCAACACCGUGCAGCCAUGCAGGAGACUGUGUGAGCACGUCGGAGCAGCUUGCGGGCAUGUUUGCGCUCGUCCAUGUGCUGACGCGCACAGCCAUGACGAGUGCAAGCAUCCUUGCAAGGACCUCCUCCUCUGUGGCCACGUUUGUCAAGCAGGUUGCAGCAAGCCACACACGGUAUUCUGCGAGACGCCUUGCACAAGACGAUGCACCCAUGGCCACCAGUGCCCCAAGAAGUGCCACGAGGCUUGCAUCCAUUGCUACGAACCCUGCAGCUGGAAGUGUGUGCACCAUGCAUGCACCAAGCUCUGUCACGAGCUGUGUGACCGCCCGCGGUGCGAUGAACCGUGCAAGAAGCUGUUGUGCUGUGGGCAUCUUUGCCGCGGACUUUGCGGUGAGCCAUGCCCGUCGUGCGUGGAAUGUGGACCUCACCGAGACGAGGGCUGCCCUCUGUCCCUGGAGAAGCUGGUGAAGGCUGGCAAGCUUUACCAGCUCGACUGUGGCCACAUCUUCUCCCUGAAGCUGCUGGAUGUGUACAUGGAUCAGCACGGGCGGCAGCACGAGGCCCGAGACUUCGGAGCUCAGGGAGGCUUCCGAAGACUAUUUUGGGGGUUCCUUAUAAUAACUAUAGUAUAA